GUCGUCAGAGAAUCUAUCUACGUAGCCAGAGAAGCUCGCUUGUUGUGGUGGCUAACGACGGGAAGCAUGCUACGGUUCUCAAUUUAGUGAUAUUCGCCCAAUAGUAGGCGAAAUCUGCAGAAAUGGGGAAAAGAGACAAUAGAGUGUCAUAUGUGAACCCCAUAGCUGCAUCACGGGCCAAGGGACCUGCACCCAACGCAGGACCGUCUAUCCAGGAUUACCUGAGCAGACCACGGCCAACAUGGGAAGAGGUGAAAGAGAUCAUAGAGCGGAAGAAGAAAGGCUCCAGAGCUCUGGCGGACUUUGAGGAUCAAAUGAACGAGAAUUGGAAGAAAGAGCUGGCGAAGAACAGAGAGAAGUUACUAGGUGGCAUUGACAAGGAGAAAGAGGAGAAGGAAAAGAAAGAGAAGGAAAAGAAAGAGAAGGAGAAGAAAGAGAAGGAGAAGAAAGAGAAGAAGGAGAAGAAAGAGAAAAAGAAGAAAGAGAAGGGGAAAAAAGAAAAGGGAAAGAAAUCCAACAGGCAUUCCUCUCCCUCCUCCUCCUCAUCGAGUUCUGAUUCCUCUAGCAGCUCCUCCUCAGACUCUGAAGACGAGAAUGAAAAGAAGAGUGUCAAAAAGAAACGGAAAAAGAAGCGGUCCUCCUCCAAGAAAGCAUCAGAAGACUCGACUGUGGAAUCGGAGCCUGACAGCAAGGGCUCCUUCCCUCUCAUUCUGUUUCUCUCCAAGAAGACGAAGAUGGAGAUGGAUAUGAAGAAGAAAGAAAAGGAUGAAAAGAGCCGCAGGAAGAAGAGGAAAGCCGAGCAAAGUCAUAAAGACUCAUCCUCGGAGUCGUCGGCUGACUCAGAAGUGGAGGAAGGUGGUGAACCCAAGAAGAGAAAGAGAAGUAAUGAGGAGAAAGAAAAAAUAGCAGCAGACAAAUCAAAGAAGAAGAGGAAAAAGAAGCACAAGAAACAUGGCAGGAAGAAGAAGAAGAAGACCUCUUCUGAUGUUGAGUUAGACUAACAUCUAGCGCUGUGGUUCUCUGUCCAACUGUCCACCACUAGAGAGCAUCUGCCUUUCCACUACCAAAAGAUCCCAUCUAGGCUGCUCCCAUGAUGGGGGUAGUUGAUGGAUUAGGGGAACCGCUAGCUUCCUGCUCAUGAGAGUUGAGAUGGUGGGGGGAUGGGAAAUGGGGUUUCUAAUGUUAAUUAAGGACUGGUGAACUGGGAGUUACGGGUCAUCAAACCCUCUGUGACAACUUUGCAUAUUUGUUUUUCUUUUGUCUGUUGCUAGUUUUUAUUAGAUCCAAAUGAACGUCGUCAAGAACACCAUAAGUCGUCGUCAAGGACACCAUAAGUUUGUCAAGUGUUGCCCAACUGAACUGAAACAUUUGCAUUUGAAACGGAAAUGAACUUCCAUACAUGGAUAUUUUAUCAGCAGUGUACAUUUUUUACACCCUUGGUAUGCUGCCCUGCUAUGUCUAUUUUACCAUUCUUGGAGAUCUCGUGCGUCACUAGGUACACUGAGGUCAUUUUGGGACUUUGUUAUGCUGGUGCCCAGUGUCAUGAUGCAUGCAUUCUGAUAUGAUGGUCACUUCUCUUGCCAGCCUCAUAUUGAAGUUGGGAUUGUGAAAAUACGAGUGAAAUUGUCAUCACAAGGGAUAAACUGUUCAAUUCUGUUAAUGUAAUGAAUUCUACAACUGAAUAUCUAAAUGAAUGGGUUUUAAUUAUUAAAGUAUUGUUUUAUCCUUGAUAA